AUGAACUUGAACAAUAUUUGUGCAGUAUCAAAUAUAGGGGAAGCCGUCAAUCAGAUGAGAGAUUCUAAACAAUACCAUAGUCACCAAAGUUAUCAACCACAGACCUCCUCACCUGAACUGACACUAGACAAUUCUAGUUCCAACAACGUAAGAAAAAUGUCAGGAAGUCGUCUGUCACAAGAUCUUUCUGACAAUGAUAAUUGCAAAGAAUAUAUGACACCGGUUAAAAAAAUUAAAUCUACCACAACAUCUGAAAGUCUAUCACAAAUUGAUUCUACUUCGAUUACAAAUGACAGUGAUGAGCUUAAUGGCGUGAACAAUUUUGAUUUUUUUAAUCUUGGCCAAUUAAAUGAAAAUUCUAUCAACUCAAGACCUUCAUUGGUGCAAACUUCUGAAAGGACCUUAACAAGUGUGCACGAGCGUAAACACUUUUCAAAUUUACCGACCGUUCAACUUUCACCACUUUUGUUCAAUGCUCAACAUGACAUGGAAAAAAUUGCUGAAAAAUACCCUUCCCGUGCUUCCAAUUUUUCAAAUGAUGGAUUUGUAAGUAAUAUAAAUAGUAAACCCGAUUCUAAAGGAACUGGGAUAAGUACAUCGAAUGUUCAGCAAAAUAGAUUUUAUGGGUAUAAAGAGCCAUUUUCCACUUUAGAAGUUCCGAAUCAAUUAAGCCAAGAUUUUCUCCCUGAUAUAAUGUCAAAAUUGCCAAUUUCGGAUUACAGGCCAUGUUCUGAGCAACCUAAUUUUGAAUUCUUUCAAGAUUUUAUACAUAAACCAAGUUUUGAUUCUAAAAAUUUCAAAAUUUCUGACACCAUGACCUCAAGAAAUUUUUCUCAAGUGCUCAAUGAAAGGAAUUCUAGUAGCACAAUUGAUUCAGACAGGGAAACCCCUUCUAAUGUCACUUCACACUCAAAUCCAUCUUUCAUGAAGGAAUUUUGUUCUUUAAAAAAUCAAGUCUCGUCUUCAUCAAAAAAUACAAGUGGAAAUAAUUUUUUUUUAACGGAAUCAUAUUCCGGUAACAAACGAAAUAACGAAAACACUAGCUUCUUCAAGACUCCUACAGUAUCAUCAAAUAAAACAACCAGUUAUGAUGAGCUUUUCAACAAUGCAGUAAUCACAAGACAGCUUCCUCGGCUUGAGACUCCACUCUAUCAAAUGAGAUCAGAAUCUGCAACACCAAGAUCAAAGACUUCUUCAGUUAAGUCUAAAUCAAAUACAAAAACAUCAAAAGUUGGAAGCAGUAGUGAAGGAAGUUUUGUUGUAGUUGCUGUUACAGAAGGGCGUGGUUGUGCAAUGGGGGAAAUAGGGAUUGCUUCGAUUGAUUUAAAAAACCCUGUGCUAACAUUGUGCCAGUUAAGCGACUGUCAGACAUACUCAAAAACAUUGACAAAACUUCAUAUAUACAAUCCAGCUGAGCUAGUUAUUCCUGACACUUUCGAUGGUGCGAACAAUGCAUCAGAUUUGUUCAAGAGGCUAUCAACCUAUUUCAGCACUACCCGAUUAGUUAAAGUCAAAAGACAAUAUUUUUCUGGUGACUUGGGCAUUGAAACACUAAGAUCAUUAUGCCUUGCUGAGUAUUCAUCGGUAGAACUAAUUACCAUUCGAAAGUUUUAUGCUCUAGCAGCACUAUCGGCAUUGAUAAAAUAUGUUGAAUAUGAACACAACCUCUUUUUCUCUAACAAUUCAAUUAAAAUUGUUUAUGAAUGUGCUUCUGGGACAGUUUCAAUAGAUCUUGAAACAGCAAAGAGACUAGAGCUUGUUAUUACUCAAACAGAAACGGUUUACCCUGAGAAGUAUAGUUUAUUGGGAACAUUAAACAAUACGGUGACAUUAGGAGGAAAAAGAAGGUUGAGAUCAGAAAUUUUACAGCCAUUUUCUUCUCUUGAAAUCAUCGAAGGCCGGCUAAAUGUUGUGUGUUAUCUUGUUAAUGAUAGACCAUUUCUUAGUUCUCUUCAAGCCGUACUUGAAAAAUUUUCCAAUGUUGAACGCCUAUUAUGGCUCUGUAAUAAACAACCAAAUUUUAAACAAGAAGAAAAAACUAGUGAAAUACUCACGGGUUAUAUUUUAAAUUUGAAGAACACAUUGGAAAACAUUCCAAUGUUGAGAGAUUUGUUGAGCGAUGGCCAGGAAAAAUUUUUCAUCAAAAUGCGUGAUAUGCUUUGUGACAAACGACUUGAUAAAAUGAAAUCUCUGGUACAAAAUACUAUUCAUCAAGACGCAAAACCUGCAAAGGGAUACCAAGCUAGUGAGAUGAAUCGGUGCUUUUCAAUAAAAGACAAUAUCAACGGUUUACUGGAUGUAGCAAGAUCAACAUAUUCUAAACUUAUUAAUGAGGUUCAAGCUAUUAUUGAUGAAUUGGCAUCCAAAUAUCAUCUCCCUCUAAAGAUGUGUCAAACAGCCGAUUUUGGAUUCCAUGCACAGCUAAAUAUCCCAAAGCAAGAUGUUGUAGUAAACUUGGAUAUACCAGAAAUAUUCACUGAUGUGAAGAGAAAGGGUCAAACACUUCAUCUUUCGACAGAUGAAAUCUUUAGUUACAAUGUUAGAAUGAGGAGAGUGGUUCAAGAAAUUCAAAUUAUUAGCAAUAUUGUUUUAAACCAACUGGUCGAAGACUUAAGGCCGAUGGUUGGAUGUCUGUAUAUUCUCUGUGAGAACAUAGCAGAGCUUGAUGUUGUAUGUUGUUUGGCGAAAAUAAGCUCUUCAAAUGAUUAUACACGACCAAUUUUUGGAGAUGUUAUUGAUGUCAAAGGCGGGAGACAUCCAAUCCUUGAUUUUCAUCAACCGAAUAAACCAAUUCCUAAUGAUAUAUUUGUCUCGCCGAACAACAAUUUCAACAUAAUCACUGCACCAAACAUGGGCGGUAAAACUGUAUACGUCUUACAAGUUGCAAUGCUACAAAUAAUUGCCCAAAUAGGAUGCUUUGUACCUGCAGAUAGUGCAUGUUUCAGAUUAACAAAUCAUAUCUAUGUUCGUAAAGGUGGCUGGGAUAGUAUCGAAUGCCGGGCUUCUACUUUUACAGUUGAGAUUAAGGAGUUGGCUUAUGUAAUAAAUACAUUGUCUGAUUCAAGCUUGAUUGUUAUAGAUGAACUUUGUACAGGGACUAACUUUGAAGGAGGAACUGCAAUAUCGUGGGGAAUUUGUGAAGAGCUUCUCAAAAGACCAGUUUUUACGUUUUUAACAACACAUUUUCAUUAUCUGACAAACUUAGAACGAGUUUUUAUGAAUGUUACUAAUAAGGAGUUGUGCGUACAUUUUCCUUUUUAUAAUAUUGAGCUAUAUUUUUUAUUAUCUAGUUAUCAUUUGGAAGCUAUAGAUCCAGGAGAGAACAGCCCACUUAUAUUCACAUUCCGACUUCAAAAAGGAGUAACAAACAUUACAAACUAUGGCUUGAAAGUCAUGCUAACGACGUCUUUGCCAAAAACCUUCAAAGAAAAUGCUUUAAAAACUGUUGAGAAUAUAUGCCGAAAAAGGGCUAUGACUCUUGCUGUUUCUAAGCCUAUUUCACCUGACACAUUGAGAACUAUCGUUAUUAUAGAUAAAUUAGAAGAGUUCAUACAGGAUCUAUAUGCACUGAGUAAAUCUGACCAUUUCACUCUGGGUAAUGUAGAGAAACUUCAAUUGAAGGUGAAAGAAGAAAUAGUACAGCUUUCAAAAGACGACCCAACAAAAAAUGAAUGACGAAUAAGUAGCAAUAUUGUAGA